UUUUAUUUUUAUUUUGGAAUUUUCUUUUUUUGUUUUGUUUUGGUUUUCUUUACCUCACACGUUCUCAUGUCUACAACUACGUUAUGGGAUCUUCCAAGGGAAGUAAUGUACAUGAUCUUGGAUAACCUCAGUCUGGAAGAUAGAACCACUUGUCGACUUGUGAAUUCCGACUUCUUAAAGGUUGCUUCGUAUGUCUUUCGAGAAAUCACACUGGCUUCCAAAGAAAACAUAAACUUUUUUGCCGAUUGUCUGGACAAAACACCAUGCAUUGCACCUCAUGUCCAAAAAAUCAAUGUGGAUACCGCCAUUCUUUUACGUUUCGCCAAUAGAACCUGUAUCAAGACCCGAUGUCACCAUGUCAAGGAAAUUCAGAUUUUAAUUUCACAGGGCAAUAGCCUUUGGGCAGAGCAACUGAAACCUUACCGCUAUCUUCAACAUGUACCAACAUUUAUUGACAAUGUCAAUGCUCAAUAUAUUAUGGACAAUUACAAGAAUCAACUCAUGACAAUACGAUUAGGUGGUAAAUACCUACUGGACUUGUCAAUCCAAGACAUUAAAGCCAUUUUAAAUGAAUUACCCCAAAUUAAAUUAGUGGGACUUCACUACCCUUUUUCAGAAAAGAAGAAGAAUGUUCACAAAGAUCUUCCUCGCACCUUUUCAUUUAAUGAACUCAAUUCCAUUUUGAAACAAUCGACUGUCAUGACUGGAUUUGAAUUACAGUUUUGCGAAAUCGCCGAUGCUUCCUUGCUUGCAGUGGAUGUAGGAAACGUGGAUGCAUUACAGAGUCUACGCCAAUCGCUGGUUGUUCGGCCGUCCUACGAAAUCAGUGUGUUCGAUACCAACCAUACGUUAACGCAUAUCGAUAUGAAAUCUGUGAUGGUUACCAACGUCACGCAUUUUAUGCGGUCCAUGUUUGAUAGUUUUCCAAACCUACGCAGUCUGGACAUCAAGUUCGUUCCUCGUGACAUGCCCUUACAAACAUUGGUGGGGUCACAGUGGGAUAUGCCCCAGCCAAACAUCUGGAGUAAAGAGUUUGUGUUUGGUACUUCCGGGCUUAGAAAAUUAGCUUUAACAGAUACCCAAAGCCGAUUGAACAUCUCUGAAUUAUUAUCGGCUUUAGUUCGUGCCAAAGCACCCUUGAAUGAUAUCUCUAUUACAGGAUCAGAGGAUCAAGAAACUGGAUCCAUGGUUGUUAUUUGUUCUGGAUUUAAAAAUACGCUUGAGAAGCUCAGGAUGGAUUGCAAGGCUUCCUUCGGUUUAGACAAUGUGGGUUUACUAAUCCAUUUAAAAACAGCCGUUUUCCGUUGGGGUCGUAGUCAUACUUCUCUUCCCAUGUGUCCCGCCAAUAUCAUCAGUGAUAUGCCAACUGUGACAAAAUUGGAUUUGGGCUAUAACCGAUGGUACACCCACAUGAUAUCACGACCCACUGCAUUUGCUUACAAACCGUACACGAAUAUUACCAGUAUAACAUUAACCCGUGUCAUCAUCAACGAGAAUGAAACGAAGGAAUUCUUGUUGCCAUUGACACAUUUAAAAGAAGCGAUCUUUAGUUACUGCAUGUUUGAAAAAUGUAGAGACAAUGAACUGGAAGAACCUAAUUAUGAUACAGACUAUACAACUAGUGCUCUGGGCAGGGAAGAAGUGUUUGAUUUCAUGACAACAACGGGUGAAUUGAUGAAUGAAGUACGACGUAAUAUGUUUAAAGAAGGAUUAGGGAUGAUUCAGGCUAAUACGGUUAACGGUUUGGAAGAACCUGUAAUAGACACGGAUGAGGAAGUUGUUAGUUCUUGCGAUACACUUGCUGCUGUGUUGGAUUCCGUUGCAAGGACAAUGGCAGAUAUUGGACAACGACAUGGCCUUCAAUCUAAUCAAAGAGGGGAGAGUUCAGCACCUCCUGUAGAAACAUCUGCUGCACCACCCAUACCUGAGGGAUAUCUUGAACAUUUAUUGGAUCGUGCUAGAGGAAUUAUACAACUCGGUAACCGUUUACGCCCAGUGAACGACCCAUUUAAAUCCAAAAGAAACGACCUGCACAUCCAGUCCUUGUCGCUGGAACAUCUUGGUUUACAUGAAUGUAAGAUACGGGAAAUGAUAGGUGGGAUCUCUAAUGCGCGUACGAUUCGAAAUUUCGAGGUGGUUCAGGACAGACGUAGUGGAUGUGCCAAAUCGUAUGAUAAAGAUCGUGCUUACCAUGAGAAAAAGUCCUGCAACCCGCACGUGGUUUUAAACAAGAAGACAGUGACGGAUAAAACUAUUGGAUUCCAUUAUACCCAUGAAUUUGGUGGCAAAACUGGCAAAAACGAUUACCUCAAUUCUAGACCAACCUUUAAAAUACGUCUAUUUUCACUAGAGAAACUUAGCAUUCGACCCAACUGUCUCAUGUCGAUUUAUUUUACCGAUAAAAACGGGGGAAAGUUGAAGACAUGCAAUUCUGUCGUAAAUGAUAUUGUGGAAGCGGCAAAGGCAAAUAAUGGUGAGAUCCCUCCUAUGACAAUAGUUCCGGAUAUGUCCAGUGUGGAAGAUGAUCGUAUUUAUGCAAAAGAACUGAUGGAGGCUUUCAAGAGCAAUACCAAGACAGAGGAGGUGGGGGCGGAAAUCAGUAUCUCAUCAUCUGUCAAACGACAAAAUGAAGAAGUUGAAGAAGUAAGCCGAUUUUUGGGAAGAGCUCUUGAUCCAGGUAGAAGACCCCCUGACGAUUUUCUGGGUGCUCGAACUAGAGCUUUUUAUGAUACCAUCCGAGGUAUUCGAAAUAUAUUCGAUGAUGCGGAGGAAACGGAUGAUGAUACAGUGAUGGGAAAUGAAGCAAAUGUAUUUAAUGCUGUCUCCCGGUUUGAUCGCAUGCUCGCUGAAGUGGGUCGUGCUGAGGACAUCGCAAGAUCAUCACCGGACAAUAUACAGGACCACCUUGGCCAACUUCGGGAUUCGCUUGCUUCUCCGGCAGAGAGUUCGGAAAGUACAGCGGUGCAACCUUUUGUCCUUAACAAAAAUGUGUUUGAUGCAGAUAUAUUUAAGUCUGUUGUCUAUGAUACCUGUGAAUUUAGUCGCAACCGUCGUCAUGAAACUCCAAAAUCAGGAAAAAACAGAAAAACAAUGACUAUUCGCCCUUUCUGAUUUCAGUGUCUAAUAAAUUUGGCGAUUAUCUUAUCACUUGCUAUCUAAGCAUGCUAUCUUUGAAUAGUCUUACUUUUACAAAAAAAAUGAAGAAUG